AUGGGUUACAAAGUCGGGUGCCUCCUCAUAUAUAAGAGGCUAAGGAAACAACAGCGAGAUGCUGCCAGGAAGGGCGUCGUGAGGAAGAAGGCAGUGACCCGCUCCGUCAAGGCUGGGCUCCAGUUCCCCGUCGGCCGCAUCGGGCGCUACCUCAAGAAGGGCCGCUACGCGCAGCGCGUCGGCUCCGGCGCCCCGGUCUACCUCGCCGCCGUUCUUGAGUACCUCGCCGCCGAGUUAACUGCCGAUUUUGUCCUCGAGCUCGCCGGCGACGCGGCCAAGGAAAGCAAGAAGGCGCGCAUCAUCCCGCGCCACCUGAUGAUAGCCGUCCAGGGCGACCCGGAGCUCAGCCGGCUGCUCGCCGGCGUCACCAUCGCCCACGGCGGCGUGGUGCCCUACAUCAACUCUGCGCUGCUCCCCAAGAAGAAGGCCGCCGGCGCCGCAGAGAAGUCCCCCAAGAAGACGGCCGCCGCUACCAAGUCCCCCAAGAAGAAGGCCGCAGCCACAAAUUAAGGAGUAGCUGUCUGCAAUUGAUCUUGCGAAUGCUCGCCACCUGCUUUUGCUUCUGAACAUUUGUCAUCUGUAUGAACUUCUCUCUUCCAUCAUCUGAA